GUGCCCCCCGGCCCAGGAUCCAGUGGUGCGGCCUUCCCUUCAUUCCUGCCCGUCCGCGGUUUAGAGGCAACGAACCUCUGUACUAAACACUUAGCCUUGAAAUGCCCAGAGAGCUGCCCCGAGUGAAGGCGGGUGAUGCAGUCGCCCGUGUCACAAGUCGCUCCAGGAGAGAGCCUGGGAGGCAGAAGUCCAGGACAGGUGAUAGGAAGUGAUGAUCUCAUUCGUGUGUGGUGGGUUGAACCUUGUCCCCUCAAAAUUCAGGUACUGAAUUCCCAACCCACAGUUCCUCUGAAUGUGAUGUAAUUAGGACGUAGGGUCUCGACAGAGGUAAUUAAGAGAAAAGGAGGUCAGAAGGGCAGGACGGCAAUUUCAGACUUCCCCCGCGAACAUUACAUUUAUAAGACAAGCUUUAAGUUCUCAGUUCCAGGGUAGAACCAGAAAAUUGGAAAGUCUAUUGGGCUGCUAUAAGAGAUCUGGUUUCUUGUGGCAGCACUGCUGUAUCAGGAAAUCAUGCCCCCAGCUUCAGCCUGGGGCUGGCAGGACUCCAACACACAGCGGGGUCUCCGUCCUCCCAGGUCCAGAUCGGAGCAGCACGAAGACAGUGGAGGGGAAGGACCCAAGCUCAUCCCAUAAAGAGCCUGGCCCGCCAGCACAGGUGACCCUCCUCCCUGAGACACCCCCUUCCGUGCAGACCACACCGAGGCAGUCGCUGGCUAAGGGGAGGCUGAUUCUCCUCCGGGCCCCACCCCACGAACACCAAGAUUUUGCUGACUCGCACCGAGAGCCACAGAGGCCCAGUUUGGUCCUUUGUUGCUGGAAGCUUGGACUUGGCACAGCUGAGCUGAGCCAAAAGUCCCUUGGUGUGAUACGGAGGGAAGAGUCCAGGAGCUUUGGGAGAUAAGGACCCGCUGUGAGUUGUCAGGUGCGGCCGCUCACCGAGAGCCUCGCUGUGUCCCCAAACCACACUGCCCCGACAGAGGCCUGGCGAAAGCCCUUGGUGAGGACCACAUAUUCUCGAAAAGCCCUCUGUGGGCCAGGAAUGAUGGUGGGAGUGCUGGUUUCCCCUGGGCACCCGAGGGGGCAGGCCCAGAGGUCAGGCGAGCAGGGCUGUGGGAGCAGCCGUCACGAGGGACAGUGCUGGGCUCUCUGGCUUUGGUCUUGGACUUGACAGUUGGGUCAGGUGCCCCUAGGCCUGAACAAAAUGGACGUCAUGGGAAAGCACACACGAUCAGUGAAAAAAUAACCCAGAUGGGCGAGGAGAGAUCUGACGCCACGCACCUAACAGUCUGACCUCUCACUGGCCCCCAGCCCCAGCUGGUUCCAUGACUGGGGGGCCACGCUGCAGGCUUCCAGGAAGUCCACGCUGCAAGUGCCCGGCCUGCCCACAGUGCCUACCCCGUCCUUCCGCUGCCCUGCUGCUAUGGAACAGCGGCCACGUCGGUCUUGUUCAGGAAUCUGCAGGUUUGGCUGAGUCCACAGGGAAGGCGCAUCCCUGUUCCCCGUGACGUCAGCUAGCGUGGCCCCGCCCGUGGGGACAGAGCCGGCCUGUGAAAGCCGGUGCCCGAGUAGCUGGCGCGGGCCGCUGCCUGCCAGUCCCUCCCAGGGCAGGGGGCGCUGCGGGCCGACUGGGUGGCUGAGUUCCACUGGCCGUGUCAGCUUUUAGGACCUGAUCUCGGGAGUCCAGGAGUGCCACUGCCGCAGUAGUAAGGGCUGGGCGGGGACUCACUCUCCUUGGCCGGCUCGUGAUGCGGGAGCCCGACCUGCAGAUGCUUCUCCUUGGCCGGCUCGCUGGCUGGGGGCUUCCUCACCGGAGCUCUGGAGCAACAGGGCUGCCAGGCAGAGGAAGGGGCUCCCUUCCUGGCGCCAGCUGCUUCUCUCUUCCUGCGGUGCAAGGCCAGGGGGCCGGCGGGUGCAAGGCCCCUCAGUGAGUUUCUCCUCCACCUGCAGCUGCUUUGGGCGGGCCUCCCGCAGCCUGUCCUGUGCACAGCAAGAUUCUCAGCCCUGACGGGCAGUUGCUGUAGCCCCAGUGUGCCCCCCAGUGAGCUUCCUGGCCAAGGGGUGGUCUCUCCUGCAGCCCAGCUCUGGCUCUCGGCCUCUGGACCCUUCCUCUGCCCCAAGCAGGCCGCACGGUCUCAGUGUGACAUGCCGCCUCCCACCAAGGCUGGACCUUACCCCAGCAGGCGGCUGGAACACAGGGAUACGCAGCACGCUCUCUCGCAGGGAUCUCUGGCUAAUCAGGGUGUCCAGAAUGAAGUACCCGGGUGGCCACCUAGACUGGGGCUCAUCUUGUGGAACAGAAAUAGAACUCCAGGCCUUGUGGCCAAACUUGACGUGAGUCACCACCAUGGAGGGUUUCCCCCCGCCUCCCAGCGCUCACAAAGUGGCCAUGGCAGCUGGAGUAGAGGCUGUGGGCUCAGCAACACAGACUUCCCCCAGCCAAGGCCCGCCUGCUCCCCACAAGUGCGGAGUGCCCAGCUGCUCAGCAGCGCUGAGCCCCCAGAAGAGCACCACGUCCUGGGGGUACCGGCCAGCCACACCAGCCGGCUAUUCCGAUGUUUCCGUCAUGAGGCAGUGGACUUGUCCUCACUGCAUAGACACUUCCUCUGGGUACGGACCUCCCUUCCCACCUGCAGGGCUUCCUGCCAGCGCACCCCCGUGGAAGCCGGCCAGCCCGGUGCCCACUCGACACGGCGUCCGACCGAAGAGCAACUGAAGCAGCAGCGGGACAAGCUGAAGCAGUACCAGAAGAGGAUCACGCAGCAGCUGGAGCGCGAGCGCGAGGUCGCCAGGCAGCUCCUGCGGGACGGGAAGAAGGAACGGGCCAAGCUGCUGCUCAAGAAGAAGCGGUACCGGGAGCAGCUUCUGGACAAGACAGAAAACCAGAUCACCAGCCUGGAGACGAUGGUCCAGAGCAUCGAGUUCACCCAGAUUGAGAUGAAGGUGGUCGAGGGGCUGCAGAUUGGAAACGAAUGUCUGAAAAAGAUGCACCAGGUGAUGUCCAUAGAGGAAGUGGAGCGGAUACUGGAGGAGACCCAGGAGGCCGUGGAGUACCAGCGGCAAAUAGACGAGCUCUUGGCCGGAAGCUUCACUCAGGAGGAUGAAGACGCCAUCUUGGAGGAGCUGAACGCGAUCACUCAGGAGCAGAUAGAGCUCCCAGAGGUUCCUUCAGAGCCCCUUCCCGAAAAGAAACCAGAGAAAGUCCCCCGCGAGGCCAAGCCCAGGCAGGUGGAGCUGGUGGCGGCCUCGUAACUCGGCCUCCUCUCACGGGACUGGCGGGGACUCCCCAGAGCCUGGGGGCCACAGAGUUUGGGUGCGUGGCCAGCCCUGACCCGGUUCCCGGGAGGCUGGCGCCAGGCCAGGCCGGUCAGGUGCUGACGGCGCAGCGUGGCGCGCGGGGCUUGGUACCAGGAGGGCUCUGCGGAGCAUUUCCCUGGCGCUGCGGCCUUGCUCUCGUUUCUGGAUUAAAUGGCAACGUUCAGACCCUCCAGCCACACGCAGCUUCUGACGCUACAGCUCCCACGCGGCCACAGGCAGGCCCAAGGCUCCUGGUGCUGGCCACGCUCCUGUCCCCGGCCCUGCAAGGCUCCGCGGGCCGCCUUCUCCGCAGCUUGCUGUCUUCUUGGGAGCGCGUCGAACCCGGCUUCCUUGCCCGCCCCUCCCUCACUUCCUGCUGCUCCUGUCGGCUGGCCGGGGCUUCAGUUCGGGAGUCCCUGCCUUGGCCUGGCUUCCUGACCUGCCCAGUCUCCCCAUCGGUUCGGGGCUGGAAACCCCCCUCUUCUGUGUCGACGUUCGGCGGUGUUGGGCUGGCGGGGUGGACGCACCCCUGCUGGGCUGACGGCGGCCGAGCCCCGACAGGUCCUUGGCACCAGCGGGAGCUCAGCCCCGCUGCAAAGGGACAUUCCUGGGGAGCCAGCGGUCUCCCUGGGGUUCCCGGAGGUGCUGACGGGCCUGCUCGGGGGGGUGCGGCCCCCGUCGCCUGGGAGCCUGCUGGGCCCCCGGGGCUCUCCAACGGGGCGGAUGCUGUCGGGGGUGGUCGCGGCUCUCUGGCUGACGGCUCCUCUCGGUAUUAGACAAUCCCGAUGACGUCUCCCCCUCCCACCUGGAACAGAAAGGGGACCCUCCCAGCCCCCUCACAGGUCAGCCGCAUAUUAAAGUUGAUGCCUGCAUGGUC